UAGAUUUCUGGCUCACCACGUCAAGCCCAGGUGUAGCGACCAUCACCACCAUAGCUCAGUACACUUUCUCUCACACCUUAAUCUGUACCACCAUGACGUCCACUUCCGCCCGUCAGCCACUCUACUUGCGAUGCGAGAUGAAGAAGGCAGAGCACCGCGCUGCCCUCACACCAACCACAGCCAAGCAGCUCCUAGAUGCUGGCUUCGAUGUGACGGUGGAGAGGGAUCCCCAGAGGAUCUUUGAUGAUGAGGAGUAUGAGCGUGUCGGCUGCAAGCUUGCUCCUCACAACACAUGGGAGUCUCUGCCCACCAACAUCCCCAUCAUCGGUCUCAAGGAGCUUCCCGCUCCUGGACCUCCCCUCCCCCACACCCACAUCCAGUUCGCCCACUGCUACAAGCAACAAGGUGGCUGGGUGGAUGUACUGUCUCGAUUCAAGCAGGGAGGUGGAAAGCUCUAUGAUCUAGAGUUCCUCGAGGAUGCCAAUGGUCGUCGAGUUGCCGCUUUCGGUUGGCACGCCGGAUUUGCUGGUGCGGCGCUGGGUCUCCUGGCUCUCGCCGAGCAGAAUGAGUCGCGCCGCCUGGGCGCCCAGAAGCGCUACCCGAACGAGGAGGCUCUCAUGAAGGUCGUUCGUGCACAGGUGGAUAAGCUGAAGGCUGCCAGCAAGGAUGGAAAGGUCAAGGCUCUCGUUGUGGGCGCUUUGGGCCGUUGUGGACGAGGAGCCGUAGACUGCCUUGAGAAGGCCGGUCUCUCCUCUGGAGACAUUGUCAAGUGGGACAUCCAGGAGACCUCUGCCAAGUCUGGCCCCUACCAGGAGCUUCUCGAUGUGGACCUCUUUGUCAACUGCAUCUACUUGAACAAGAAGAUUCCUCCUUUCCUCAACCGAGAGUCCAUCUCUCAGGCCGGUCAGGAUCGUCGCCUGGGCUGUGUGGUGGACGUCUCGUGCGAUACCACGAACCCCAACAACCCACUGCCGAUCUACGACAUCAACACCACCUUCGACGAGCCCACUGUGGAUGUGGAUGGUCUGGCCAAGGGAGCACCACCCAUGACAGUCAUCUCCAUCGACCAUCUCCCCACACUGCUGCCCCGCGAGGCAUCAGAGGCAUUCUCAUCCGACCUCAUGCCAUCUCUCCUGCAGCUACCCUACGCUACCGGUCUCAAGAAGCUGGGUGAGGAAGACGUUCAGGCUGACGGACAGCCAAAGGAGGACAGGGGGGCCGUAUGGGCUCGGGCAGAGAAGCUCUUUAGGCAGAAGCUGUCGGAGGCUGAGAAGGAGGGAGCUUAAGAGUCUUCGACGUUGUUACUCUCUAGUGCUCGGCCUCGUUUGCUUUUGCAAGAAUAUUAUAGAGAUGCGCGACUACGUCGCAAAAGCAAUGAGAUAGAUCUGCGAUCAGUGCG